AUGGAGAACGAAAAUAGAAAGCAAAAGGGUAAGAAAAAAAGUGAUAAGCAAAAUCAAGAACCUAAAGAAAGUAUUAAUGAUGAGCAAAAAAAUGAAGAUAAGUCUAUCAUUUUAUGUGUUGACUGCGAUUUUAGAGAAGUCAAUAAGAACACUCAUAAAAAAAAUCACUGGAUGAUCUCACUAUAGGAUUUGUUUAAGGAAAUCAAUCCUCUUUUGCAACAAAACAACUAUCUUUAUGUGAAUAAGCCAUACAGAUCAAAAAUGGAAGAGCUUUAUAAAAUUAUUGAUAAUUCUAUCUCAAGUCUGACACUGCUAAAAUAAAAGUUGAAUCUAGGAAGCACUCCACAAUAAAAACUAAUGGAGGCUAUUGACGAAUACAACUAAAGAAGCAAUCAAGAUAAUUUAGGAAAUUUAAUUGUUGCUAUUCAGAAGAGCUUAAAAGUAACUGAUAGUAGUGAUUCAAAAUCUUUCUUUGAGAUUUUAGAUGGAAAUGAAGACAGUGUGUGCAGUCUUUAGUAAGCUGAGUAAAUACUAAAGGAUUUAGAUAAACUACUUUUAGAUACUCACGGUGUUGUAAAAUAAUUUACUCUUUAGGUAGAAGUCAAAGAUAAACCUCUUGAAUUCGUCAUUUCAGAGUAAAACAUCAACAGUCUUUAUAAGGAAGUAGAAGGAGCUACUUCAAUCAAAUUAAAAGAACAAUGGUGCUCAGAUGACCUAGAACCUUUGUAUUCUUAAAUUUCAAAAUCUCUAUAGAAUAACUAAACAGCUUAAAGCUUAGAAAUAAACUUGUCCAAAUUAGCAAUUUAAGAUAAAGGAGGUGAAAUGAUAACCAAAUCAAUUAGAUAUAUUAAACCUAUUACAUUGCUUAGUCUGAAUUUCAAUGAUUGUGAAUUAGGAAAUACUACAAUUAAGUCUAUAGCGAAACUUAUAGAGUCCAGUAAAUCAAUUAAAAACAUUAAACUAAAUAUGGCAAAUAACAGCAUUAAGCAUGAAGGUAUUAAAGCUUUAAGUAAAAGCAUAGCAACCAAUAAAUAUAUUGACACAUUCUCUAUAAAUCUGAAGAAUAAUCACUUAGGAGCUGAUGGAGUCAAACAGCUAACUAUAGGUAUAGGAACGAAUGUAUCCAUAAAGGUCCUUAAAUUGCAUAUAGAAAACAAUUAAAUAGGCAACAAAGGCAUUGAAUGUAUAGUUGAUAAUCUAUCAAAAAACAAAGUUAUUAAAAACUUGGAGCUAAGCUUACAAUAUAAUAAUAUUUCAUAUGAAGGAGUUGUCUUUUUACACCAAGGGUUGAUUCAAAUUUCAUAAGCUUAAGAAAUGAGAAUUAACUUAUCGAAAAAUUAGAUAGAUGAUAAUGGGGCUAUUUAACUAUUUUAAGCUAUUAAAGAUAAUGAAUACACAAAACAAUUUUCGUUGUAUUUAAAUGAUAAUAAAAUUAAAGAUGAAACUUCCAAAGACAUUCUUACUUAGAUUGACCAAUAUUUAGAAGCUAAGAAAGCUAAAAAUCCUCUUAGAUUUAACGAAGCAAUAAUUUUCAGCUUUUGA